GAAAGGUUAUGGUCUGUUUUGUGGGCAUUCCAGAUAUUGGAACUGAAGCAUGUACGCCAUUGGAAAGUAUCUGUGUUGGUGCUCUGUUUUCGCAAAGAAACGUGUAUUCUCCGUCAGGGAAGGAGUUGUAGUUGGGUUUAAGGGCUUUUUCUUUUUCUGAGAGUAUGGAAGGCUUCUAUCGAUCUAUCCCAGAACCUUUGCGUGCCAUGUCUUUGAAAUCACCCUGGGGUUACAAAGGGGGAAGAAGAGUGGAGCGAGAGGGAAAUGCUCUAAUGAUGGGGUCCGAGAGCCCAGUCCAGCAACAGAGAGAAAGAGCCAUCCCAGUUUACACUCUAUUCUGCUCUACGUUGUUCCCUUUUUUUUAUUUAUUUAUUUUCUUUUAUAUAAUUAGUUUCUUGCUCGGCUUCCCUUUAAUAUCCUUCUCUUCUUCCUACCUUCCUUGCUUCCUACUUUGCUCCUCUUACUCAGACUUCUUCUUCUUCUACCUCCUCACCCUUCUCGUUGAUAUGGCGCCCAUUAUCCACGGUCAGCAUGAAUCCCGCUUGUCGUUCCACGGCAACAACUUGUGGACCGAGUUGUGGGCGGAUAUAAUCAAUGCCAUUCUACCAAUUCCUACGCAAUCCACAAUGUCAGGUCCACGAUCACGGAAAAUGAUACAUAAUAGAAUUGAACCACUGGAUAGCGGUGUAUUGGUUCACCAUCAUAACCAUAACCAUAUGCAACAAGAAUGCAUGUUUGACGAGUCGUCGAAAUUCCAAACGGAAUACGUAUCGUUUCCUAGACUCGCAGAAGAAGAUCUAAUACAAGGCGGCGAAGAUGACGAUCAAGAAGAACGAGGAGGUGGCAGAGGUCUGAACGAACGCAGUGCGAUUCAAUCCCAGACUAGCAACAAUAUCAUGAAUGCCAGUCGAACACAACGACCACGACAAGAAGAGCUGCAGGAACAGCAAAAGAGGACUGUUGUUAACACUAUCACCCAAAGCCAAAUCAGUGAUGGGGGUUCUCGAAGAAGUCUCUUGGGCAGUUCGUGGAUGUUUUGAAUCUUCUUUUUGCCACGAACAAUGCAAGUCUUAAAAAGCAGAAACAAGCCAGCCACCACUACUUUUGUAUAUACACAUAUAUUUUCUUUACAACUAGUUAAGCCCUUAAGCUCAUACUCAGAGAGAAAGAGAAAGAGCCUGCAUGUUUGAAAUUCUUUACUCUUUCUACGUUAUUCUGUUUAUGUUGCAUGAUUAAUGGGUUAUACGUAAUAACAUUUUCUGCUGGGCAGAAACAUUUCACUUUAUUAAAAUAAUGCUAAUUGAUGUUGUUG